UUUGUGCUGUGUUAUUGUGUGGUAGUAAAUACAUAAACUGUUCAAACUACAAUUAUUGGUUGGCGAAUUUCUGUUUUCCUUUUGUUUGCUUCCAAACGACACUAAAAGAAAUGACGUAAAUAAUACUGCAAAUGGGAGAGAAAUCAGGGAAGUAAGAAACUGAUCAAGGAGAGAUAAGAAAGAGGGGUAGAUGGCAUUGGAGUAUUUCCGCAAGGAGGUCCUUCCAUGCACAGCAAUGGUUGCAGUGGAGUGCACUAGUGUGGGCUCAAAAAUUCUUUUCAAAGCAGCCACUUUGAGAGGAAUGAGCUAUUAUGUCUUCAUCACAUACUCUUAUGUUGUUGCUACUUUUAUUCUCCUCCCUUUUACCUUAAUCUUUCGCAGCACAGCAGUUCUUCCCCAAUUGAAGUUCCCUCUUAUCUCUAGAAUUUGUCUCUUCGGGCUUAUUGGGUUUGUAGCUCAUAUGUGCGGAUAUAAAGGUAUAGAAUAUGGCUCACCAACUCUGGCUUCAGCAAUCAGCAGCCUCACUCCGGCGUUUACCUUCAUCCUUGCCAUCAUUUUCAGAAUGGAAAAUGGGGAAUUGAGAAGCUCAAGCACUCAAGCUAAAAUUAUUGGCACCAUAGCAUCAAUAUCAGGUGCAUUAGUGAUUAUUUUCUACAAGGGCCCCGAAGUGUUUUCAUCUCCCACUUUGACACCAUCAUCAUCUGUAUCAUAUUGGCCUCUUGAGUCCUCACAAUCAAAUUGGGCCACUGGUGGCCUCCUACUUGCUGUUGAGUAUCUCCUUGCUUCCAUCUGCUACAUAAUUCAGACACAGGUUAUGAAGAUAUACCCGGCAGAGCUGAUCGUAGUCUUCUGUUACAACUUAUGUGGAACCAUUAUAUCUGCACCAGUAUGCUUGCUAGCAGAAUCAAGCUUGAGUGCCUGGAGACUAAGGCCUAGCAUAGCAAAAGUUGCAGUUGUAUACUCUGGAUUUACUGGGACAUUCCUUGGCGUUCUUGUGCACAUCUGGGGCCUGCGCGUUAAGGGUCCUGUCUAUGUAGCACUUUUUAUGCCAUUGUCAAUCCCUAUUGCAGCUGUUUUGAGUGCUAUAUUCCUUGGUGAUACUCUGCAUCUUGGAAGGUACAAAAAUUCUCUCCUUAUCUUAGCAGAAUCAUUUAAGAAGCUACUUUUUACAUAUACACAAUUUGCUACGCUGGACCUAAACUCAAAAUUUUGCAGUGUCAUCGGAGCAGUGAUAUUAUCUGUAGGAUUUUAUGCUGUAAUAUGGGGAAAAGCAAAAGAAAAAAUGGCUGACUCUGGCUUUAGCAGCUUGGCAUCCUCCUCCCAGGCGCCUUUGCUGCAAACCCAAUGUAACGAAGCUAGGACUCAGUAAUGAAUCCAUUCAAAACAACUCUGAGCUUAGUAAGCCAUUUUGUUUCCAAUAAAGCUGAAGAACUGAAAAACAGAGCUCCAUGUACAGAAACUUGGAUUCCCAAAAUGCAAUAUUUAUAUAUUUAAUAUUUAUUAAGCGAUAUAAAUUCUAAAGAGACAAACACGAAACCUCAUAAACAUGUUUCACGGACAACGUGGAGGCCAUCACGUGACCUGGUCGGCCAUUCUAUGGUCCCACGUGAUAGAAAGGGCUUAAUGGCUAUUGGGCAAUUGUUGGGUUC